UCUACAGUCACCAUGUCAACCCGCCAUCUUGCAGUACACAAUUUUGCACUUUUUCUGGGCAGCGUCGUCUGGUCAAGUUUAUAAUUUUGAUCGAACGCUGCACGUGUGAUCAUUAUGUCUGACUACUCAGAACAGGAAUAUGACGAGGACCAAGAAGGAGUCGAAGAGCCCGAGAUGGGGGAGGAAGAGGGCGGAGAAGAGGAGGGAGCUGAGCAAGAAGAAGAAGAGAAAGUUCCAGAGAACCCACUCACUGAAGACGCAGUUGGAGAAUGCUUGUCCUUACUGGCUAAAAUUGGCAGUGGUCUGGCCCAUGCGUAUGUCAGAUUAGACAUCAAAGACAGGGAAAUAACAGACAUUGGUAUUCUGAGUUCCUUCAUUCAUCUUCGUUACGUGGACCUGUCAAUGAACAUGCUCCGUGACAUUUCACCUCUGAACUCUCUGACCCACCUGCUGACCUUAAAGUGUGAGCGUAACCUCCUUCAGUCAGCUAAACUGGAUGAGUUGCCCUACCUACAGGUGGCAAGCUUUGCCAACAACAGGAUUACCGCCACAGAAGGCAUCAACCAUCCUCUCCUGGAAUCACUCAACCUGUCCUUCAACGAAAUAAGUGCAAUCAGUGGACUGGAACCCUCCAGGCUUGGGCGGUUGCAUACCCUGGAGUUAAGAGGCAACAAACUAACAACUACAGCUGGAAUCUACCUGCCCAACUUGAAAAACUUAUUUUUGGCUGGAAACCUCAUCACCAAAGUGGAGGGGCUUGAGCGUCUAGAGCACCUGACCACGCUGCAUCUCCGUGACAACCAGAUUGAGAAGCUGGACGGCUUUGCAGAGAGCAUGAAGCAGUUGCAGUACAUCAACCUGAGGGGCAACUCAGUGGCUGACGUCAAAGAGACGGCCAAGCUGAAAUGUCUGCCCAUGUUGAGGGCGCUCAUCAUGUCAGAGUGUCCCUGUUCAGAUGAGGAUGAUUACAGGAUGGAAGUUCUCAUCAACAUCCGACGCGUGGAGAGACUGGACAAGGAUGAGUACAAUGAGGAAGAAAGACAGGAGGCCGAGGAACUGUAUGAGCAAAGGAGGGCGGAAGAGUUAGCUGCAGAGGGAACGGAAGAGGUCAUUCACUCGGACACUGAAGAUGCAUGAAAUAUUUUUUUUACUGAUCGGCACGUCAAGUGCAACUUGCAUCCUAGUUAUUAAACUUGGAAGGCAGCAAAAAUUAUGCAUCUUCUCUAUGAGAUACUAGGACUUUGGUGGGAUCGUCUUUCAGUGUGAUUCAAGUUUUUUUUUCCAGCUUUGUAAUGAAUUCAAUCCCUGAAUAAGAGUUAUUAAAUACUCAUUCUCCUGUGGAGGUGACAACGUGAAACUACCCAAAACUCACCAUGACUUAGUGGUAGUCAUAAAGUGAGCCCUCUUGUGGCCAAUCACAGAAAUUUAAAAGUUAGCAAGCAUUGGAGACUGGAAUCACCUGUACAUUUGUGGACAUGUGCAUACCUUUUUAUAAAGAAGCAGACACUGACUGCAACAGCUUAACAUUGCUUUUGCUACAUUUGUGUGCCGUAUAUCUAGGGUUGCAAUUUACAAGUAUUCUUGCUCAAUAUACGCUACUCCAAAAAGUUAACGACCACUUUUUUCGUAACUAGUAGUUUUUUCCAAGCAAUGAGGGGGGGGUCUCGUUCUUCCAUUUUUUGUUUGUCCAGACGGUGUUCUCAUUGGAAUAAAAU